CUGCCAGCUUCUGCCAAGGCGUCGACAUCAACAAGCUCGCCAAAGACCACUACGGCAUCGACAACACUCCCGCCAGAGACAACAACAUCGACAACACUCCCGCCAGCAACAUCGACAACACUCCCGCCAGCAACAUCGAUAACACUUCCGCCAGAGAUCAGCAAACAACAUCAUCAAAGCUAACGGGAACUAACGAUAUUUUCAUUGCCAAUACGACUUCAUCCACGGUGCCUGUUGAACCGGAAUCUAUGCUAAAUAUACAAAAUAUAAAUCAGAUCAGCUUGAGUGGCAUUGUCUUUCCCAUCAUUGGUGCUGUAAUUUUGGUCAUCGCUAUUUACUACUUCAUUAAAUGGCUGCGAGAAAAGAAAUGUCCGAAACGUCCUUCUAGUGAUACUCAAGCAUACGAAGCUGUAGAACUACAACCAACUCAAGCGGAUCACAAAGAGUCUGCAGAAGGGAAACCAAAUGACCAGGCAGAAAGGAAAGAUGAGUCUACAAGGAUAACACCAUACCUGGAUAACCCUGAAACUCACUGUACUGCUGACGGACCUUUUGAAAAAAUCUGCGAUUAUGUCAACGGGCUCAAAUAUGAUGAUUUCGAGAAGGUCUGCAUCCGCUUGGGUAUUGGCUAUCUGAAGGUACGUCAAUUCUAUCCUCAUGAAAAUACAGGAAAGUUCAAGAGCGUCCUUAGGACUUUAGCGUCUGAAAAUCCCAACUUGACCCUUGAAGACAUCGCCCAGGCUUGCGAAGGGCACCAGUUUGUGGUCGAUCUGCUCAGAGCGGAAGAUAAACGUCUUCAAAAAAAUAAACAGAUUAUGGAUGAGGAAACGGUAGAGGUAAUUCAUGGUAAUUCAUGUAAUUGAUGAAAUUAUCAAUAAUUAAUAGUUAUGACAAAUCCUUAAACGCGUAAUGAGUUUUGCCUGUGAACAUAGAUUAAUACUGCAUAGUGCAUUACAAUACCACAAUGGAUUGUUGCUUAAUUUAAACUCCAAAGAUAGCUGCGUUACAAAAUUACGAUUCUGAACUUAAUUACUUUUCAUUGAAGUUCUUGACUGAACGGAGCUGAUAUUGUCACUCAUGACUCUCACUUUUUCAGUUAACGGUGAUAAAACGACUAGCAAUGCAUUGCGGUCUUGUAAUACACUUCUAAUACACUGUUGACCUUAGCCUGCGUAGUGGCUCUAGGGGAGGGGCUGAGUUCGAAUAAAAUAAAUGGCUUACCUCUCGAGAUGUCGCUAGAAACUGCUUUAUUCUUUAGAUUAAUUCGAAAAAUGAUAGUCUAGCUUUACGCUUUUAGUAGCCUACGUAGCCAGGCCUUCUUAACCGCUUCGAGGAAGUUGCUCCUUCGGCCCAAAGUCUCUCGAAACGGGAGAAUCUACGUAGAACUCAAUUGAUGUAUAAUAUAUUCAUAAAGAUA